AUGUCUCCUGUGACACUGGACCCAAUCUACAUCUCUUUUCACAACGACGAUGAGAGCAUGACUCCAUUAUGUCUUGUUGAUGGGCGAUCUGACACAUUUAUGCUCACUACCGGCGGGUUUCCGCAGGACAUCAUUUUUUCUGUAGGCACCUCUGCCUCUUCUAAUAUUUCCCAUCUGCAGUUGGCACUGCACGAGGCAAAGCACAUUGUGGUGGAAAAAUGCACCACGGCGUUGCCAAAUUCCUUUGAGAAAUUGGCGGAGCGCAUAUUGACUCGUUCGAGUGAUGACACGAGACAAAUAGAGGAGCUGCAACUUGAUAUGAGAAGUGCCGGUAAAGGCAUCCGGUACCUCCGCCUUCGUCUGUUAUCGGGGUACAGUCAGUUCGUAGGCGUGUUUGGAGUUACCGCGGAAGGUGAGGAAUCACAGCAACGCAUCGCCGUUCUGGAGUCAAGACCAGAAGUCGUCAUGUGA